AUGGAGGACGAGCAGACGCUAGCCGCAGAGCAUCCUGAGCCACCUCAAGCUCGCCCCUACUUCGAGCCGGCCGUGCUCGUCGCCUCGUCGCUCGCGUCCAUCUCGGCCCGCCUGUGCACUCAUCCUCUCGACACGAUCCGCAUCCGCAUCCAGACGGCCGGCUACCCGGUACCGCCCAUCAAGGAGCUCGUCCCUCGACCACGGAUCCGCAGCCUCUACGCCGGUCUACCUGUCGCGGUCGGCUUCUCGGUCCCGGCCCUCAGCGUCUACCUCUCGGUCUACGAAGCCUCUAAACGCUACUUCAGCGAGUCGUGGCUCCCUCAAGACUCGGCGCCAGGCCUGCUGCAGCAGCUCCCCGUCUUCGUCGCUGCAGGGACCGCCGCCGAAUUCGCAUCUGGCGCCAUCUGGACCCCUCUCGACGUCCUCAAGUCGCGCCUCCAGACGGGCCGCGAGGGCACGUCGGCCGUCGCGCUCACGCGCAAGAUCCUGCACGAGGAGGGCGCGAUUGGGCUCAUGAAGGGCUACUGGCUCGGUACGGCCAUCUUUGUGCCUAACAUCGCCAUCUACUGGAGCUGCUACGAGUCGCUCAAGCAGCGCUUCAUCCCUGGUUACUCGGCCGUCGCGACCUCGACCUCCCCCACGCCCGACUCGCCCUCUCGCGCCCCUCCCCCCUCACCCACCAGCCCCUCAUCCUCCCUCCUCUCCUCAAUCCCCGUCACCCUGCGCUACACCCUCGCGUCAGUCACGGCGUGCUCCAUCGCGGCGUGCGUCACGACCCCGAUCGAGGUCGUCCAGGCGCGGUGGCAGACGUCGGGCGUGUCGGGCAAGGUCGCCCGAGGUGGGAUCAGCGGCAUCGUCAAGAGCAUGUGGAGGAAGGAGGGCGCGAGGGCGUUCACGAGGGGUUUGGGGAUCCGGAUCGCGUACGCUAUCCCGGCCAACGGCAUCUCGAUGACUGUCUACGAGUCGGUCAAGCGCUACAACGGCCUCAGCUAG